AUGGAUGAAGCCAAUUAUAUCAUCAAAGACCAAACACUACCCUCUAAAAAAGAAGAGGCCCAGAAGCUCAGAAGACGAGCUGCUCAAUUCGCCUUCCAGGACGAUAUUCUAUACAAACACAAUGGUCAACAGUUUGACAACAAGAAGGUUGGGAAUUUAUGUGAGGAACUGGAUAUUAAGAAACAUUUUUCCUCCCCACAUCAUCCCCAAGAAAAUGGGCAGGUAGAUGUCGUCAACAAAACAAUCAAGUACACAUUGAAAAGAAAGUUGGAUGCCUCUAAAGAGGACUGGAUCAAUGAGCUACCUCAAGUUCUUUGGGCCAUCAGAACUACAAGCAGAACUGCUACAGGGGAGAUCCCUUUCUCUAUGGCCUACGGGGCAGAGGCUAUGAGCCCAGUUAAAGUAAGUCUGCCAUCUACUCGUCGAAUUCACUUCAAUGGGCUAUCUAAUGAUGAGCUAAGGAGAUGUGAGCUUGACCUCCUUGAAGAAAUGAGGGAUGCCUCUCAGGCAAAAUUGACCAUUUAUCAAUGGAAAAUGACUAGAUACUCUAAUGCGAAAGUGAAAAAGAAGUCAUUUCAUCUGAAUGAAUUGGAACUCCAAAUUGGCGUUUUUGUCCUCCAAAGAGCAUGA